UUUUAGCCAUUGGACCUUCCUUGCACCACCGUUACCAUGAAGUACGUACAACUCGGAUCCAGCGGCCUUCGCGUCUCUCCCAUUUGCGUCGGUUGUAUGAGUUAUGGCACGCCCGGCAAGCAAUUCGACUGGUCGCUGCCGGAAGACGAGGCUCUGCCCGUUCUAGACCAUUGCUACCGAUCGGGCCUCAACUUCUUCGACACAGCGAAUGUUUACUCCAACGGAGACUCGGAGGUCAUCCUCGGCAAGGCGAUCAAGAAGUACGACUGGCGGCGUGAGAGUUUGGUCAUCGCCACCAAGCUCUGGGCCCCCGUCGGACGCGGCGACGAGAAACCACUCCGCAUGUCCGUGGAAGACCGGGAUAACGCCGGCUACAUCAAUCAAUAUGGCCUCAGUCGCAAGCACAUCUUUGAAAGCGUCGAUGCCAGUCUGAAGCGACUGGACCUGCCGUAUGUCGAUCUGCUGCAAAUCCAUCGCUUUGACCCCAACACGCCACCGAAGGAAACGAUGGAGGCGCUCCAUGACGUCGUCAAGUCCGGCAAGGUGCGCUACAUCGGCGCAUCGUCUAUGUGGGCGCACCAGCUCCUGGAAUAUCAGUACACGGCACGGAUCCAUGGGUGGACGGAGUUUAUCUCGAUGCAGAACGUGUACAAUGCCAUCUAUCGCGAGGAAGAGAGGGAGAUGUUCCCGGCAUGUACGAAAUUUGGGAUGGGCACCAUUCCCUGGAGUCCGGUGGCUAUGGGAUUCUUGGCCAGGCCGUGGAACUCAUUCUCCGAGACAACGAGGGGGAAUUCCCUGAACAACAAUUUUAUGGGCCAGCCACUCACGGAAACGGAUAAGAAGAUCAGCGCGAAGAUUGAGGAGAUUGCCCAGAGCCGGGGGGUCGCAAUGGCGGUGAUUGCCCUGGCAUGGUGCUUGUCCAAGCCCUUCGUCACAUCGCCUAUUGUCGGGAUGAGCAAGAACGAGCGGGUGGACGAGGCGAUCCAAGCCAUUGACUUCCAGCUCAGCGAGGAGGAGAUCAAGAGCAUUGAUGACCUGUACGAGCCCAAGCGAGUGGUUGGUCACAGCUAGGGUGGUUUCCGGAGAAGGUUGGAUGGAACAAAUGAUGGCCUGUCCGCAA